UAAAGGGCUUGACAAGCUGGAGUCACUCGCGACUUGACCUCAAAAGCAAGGGCCGCGGGCAUACUAGCAAGAGCGGCAUACAGAGCAGACUAUCUCGACGACGCAAUGGACAGGGACUGGGGUUCGAAGCCUGGUAGCGGAGGCGCCGCCUCCGCCCAGAACGAAGCUAUCGACCGCCGUGAACGACUCCGAAGGCUCGCCCUCGAGACCAUCGAUCUCGCCAAAGAUCCCUAUUUCAUGCGGAACCACCUCGGCAGUUACGAGUGUAAGCUUUGCCUGACCCUUCACAACAACGAGGGGAAUUACUUGGCCCACACACAGGGAAAACGGCAUCAGACUAAUUUGGCCAAGAGAGCUGCUCGCGAGGCUAAGGAGGCCCCUGCGCAGCCUCAGCCGCACAAGCGCAAAGUCUCCGUACGCAAGACAGUCAAAAUUGGGAGGCCGGGGUACCGUGUAACAAAGCAGUUUGAUCAUGAGACGAAGCAGAGGUCUCUUCUCUUCCAGAUUGAAUACCCUGAGAUUGAAGACCAUGCAAAGCCAAGGCACAGGUUUAUGUCAUCUUAUGAACAGAGGGUCCAACCCUUCGAUAAGAGAUACCAGUAUCUUCUGUUUGCAGCUGAACCAUAUGAGAUCAUUGCUUUCAAGGUUCCUAGCACAGAGAUUGACAAAACGCCUCCCAAGUUCUUCACGCAUUGGGAUCCAGACUCAAAAAUGUUCACGUUGCAAUUAUAUUUCAAAUCCAAGCCACCAGAGGCGAUCAAACCUCAAUCUGGCCCCGUAGCCAAUGGCACAGCAGCUCCCGGUGUCCCACCAAGACCUUUGCCGCCACCACCUCAAGCCCCACCCCCACCACCGCCUCCAACCCAAGGAGUACCACCUGGUGCACCCAUUGGAAAUCCUCCUAGAGCCCUGCCACCAUCAAUGCCAGCUUUGUUCCCACCGCCACCUCCUCCUGCAGCAAAUGGACCUAGGCCUAUGCCUCCUGGCGGAACUCCACCUGUCCCUCCCCCACCCCCUGUUGGUAGUGGUACAAUGGCAAAUUUCACACCUGGUACAAGACCUCCAAUGCCUCCCCCACAAGGUUUUCCACCCCAACAGAUACAGGGCCAGGGUGUCCGUCCUCCACCCCCACCUUCUAGCGUGGGGCAACAGGUCCCUAGGCCCCCUCCUCAGUAAGCAUAUCACUGUGAAGUAGUUGUGGAAAGAACUAUAUUCGAGUACUCUGCUUUUUUAUUUUUUAUUUUUCCUUUUCUGAAAGGAACUAUGCUAGCGGUAAAGAUGUGUUUAUUCGGAUACUUAAACUGAAUGAAACUGGAUGUGGUUAGCAAUUUUCAAGAAUUGUUCAAGAUAUUUGUGCGUUUCGGUUGAUGUGCUUGUCCUAUUUUGGAUGUUCCGUCCUUUUUGGUAGACUUGGAAAAAGCAAAUGCUUAGUGGUGAUUGGAUAAUUUGGAUCUA